UAUUUAAUAUUUAAUUAAUUUAUUUAUUUUUUGUUUGAUUAGUUGUUUAAAAUGCCGAAAGUAAUUUCCAGAAGUAUAUCUUGUAUUGACACAAAAGAUCAAGAGGAAUAUAGUGAAACAAAACCAUUGCAUUUAUAUUAUUGUUUGUGCGGGCAAAUGACAUUGAUUUUAGAUUGUUCCAUUGACAAACUGCCUUUACGCAAAAAGGAUGGUGCUCGAGUUAUCGAUGGGGGCAAGCAUGCACAUAAAGUUACAUCUGACAUAGAUGAAACAGUUUACCUUCGUCGAGAAGGUGGUCUAAUAGAAAAGCAGCAUCGCCUGAAAUGCAAAAGUUGUGGUCUGCGCCUUUAUUAUCGGCAUGAGCCCCAAAGCAACAUCACGUUUAUUGUCAAUGGGGCCCUGGUGACAGCUAAACAAGAUUCUCUGGUUGGAAACGAUUCUUAUAGACAAAUUGCUGCUCAGACUGUUGCUACGAAGAAAGUUAUGGUCACUAAGCAUACGAAGAAUAUGGGAAAAUUCAGCUCCGUUACUGUUUCUACAAUUGAUGAAGAGGAAGAUGAAAUAGAAGCGAGAGAAGUAGCAGACAGUUAUGCAAACAAUGCAAGAAUCAUAGAAAAGCAAUUAGAACGUAAAUCUGGUAAUGUGAAGAGGGCAUUAGCAAGUACAAGUUCUACCGGUGAUACAAUUGAUAAUAAAAGACCAAGAGGAACAUUAUUGGAGAAUUAAUACUAGUUAUAAAUGGAUGUGUUCGGUUGGG